UGCUUAUAACGUCAGAACUGAAACAGCCGCCUCCCCAACAACAUAAAUCCCACACUCUCGAAUCGCAAAUAUUAGCCCACUGAAAGCGUAGACCCUAAGACUUCAAAGACACCGGCAAUAUGAUCUACCUACAGAGCUGCUGCUGCUGCGUGGACCUGCGCAUCGGUACUAUUGUGAUUGGGAUUCUGCAUAUUAUAGCGGAUAUUCUGGGAGGAACUUUCAUUGCCCUGUUUGGGGAGUCGGGCAUUCCCGAUUUGGGCCAUACUCUGUUCAUUAUCUUCAUGAUGCUGCACAUACUGAGCUGCGUAUUCCUGAUCAUCGGCUGCUUCCGGCUAAGGAGCAGCUGGAUGCUCUUUUAUAUAAUAAUGACGUUGAUCAAAAUUCUGGCCAUGGUUAUACUGAUAAUAUCCGACGUUAUACUCGUUAUUUGGUACUGGGUGAUGGUCACAUAUGCCCUAAUGUUCUUUAUAUGCCUAUAUUUCUGGCUGGUGGCCUACUCCUUUUACGCAGCCCUAGGAGGAGCGCUGUUCAUCUGAUCUCCCUGAUACCAAAUAUUGUUAAAUUGUACUGUGAUAGUAGCAAUAAAAUCAUCUGCUUUUUGACAA